AGUGGUGGCAACAGAUCACAAAAGCUACGUAGUUUUGUAAUCUGUGGUGGUGGCGUUUUUGUUGAUAUCAAGUUUUUGUUUGUUUUGGGUAAAAAGCAGACAGGUUAUUCUUUAUUUCCAGAUGAUAACUAGGAAAAUAUGAUUAUGAGAGCAUGAUUAAAUAAAGAAAACUGGUCACUCUUUAGGAAAUACAUUUAUAAUGACUGAAGAAAAACUAGUCACAGAAGUUCCUAGUAGCUUAAAACAACUAGCAAGACUAGUUGUUCGCGGAUUUUAUUCUAUAGAAGACUCUUUAAUAGUAGACAUGCUCGUAAGAAAUCCAUGCAUGAAGGAAGAUGAUAUCUGCGAACUUCUGAAAUUCGAGAGAAAAAUGUUGAGGGCGAGAAUAUCAGUACUGAAAAAUGAUAAAUUUAUACAAGUCCGUUUACGAAUGGAAACUGGCUCAGACGGCAAGGCGCAAAAGGUCAACUAUUACUUCAUAAAUUAUAAAACCUUCGUGAACGUCAUCAAAUACAAGCUAGAUUUGAUGAGAAAAAGAUUAGAGACUGAAGAACGAGAUGCAACCAGCCGAGCAAGUUUCAAAUGCCCCGGUUGUCUGAAGACUUUCACAGACCUAGAAGCCGAUCAAUUAUUUGACUUCAAUUCCGGAGAAUUCCAUUGCACGUAUUGCCGUGAAGUUGUUGAGGAAGACUCCUCUGCAAUGCCGAAAAAGGAUUCUCGGUUGUUAUUAGCAAAGUUCAAUGAACAGCUGGACCCACUGUACAUUUUGCUGCGGGAGGUGGAAGGAAUUAAAUUAGCACCAGAGGUAUUAGAGCCGGAACCAGUGGAUAUUAGUACUAUUAGAGGAUUGGACAAAAAAUCCAAUUUGCCAGCAGGUCAGGAAUGGUCUGGAGAAGCUACGAGAAAAUCUGGAUUUGCUGUCGAGGAAGCUAGGGUAGAUAUUACUAUCGGAGAAGAAAGUAAUUCCCAGGUUACCCGUAAGGAACAACCCAUUUGGAUGACUGAGUCGACUGUAAUAUCUAAUACCGAUGCCCAAGACUCCAAUCAAGCUACUGAUAGUAUUCUUGAUAUUGAUAGUGUGUCUGCAGGUGGCAGUGGAACCGGUAAAAAUGAUGAUAUUAUGUCUGUACUAUUAGCACACGAGAAAAGACCAACGACCAACAAUGCCGCCAAUGCUGUCAAAGCUCUGAAUAAUGAUUCAGAUUCCAGUUCAGAUGAAAUGAACGAAGUGAAAGAUGAUAUCGAUGACAUUGAUAUGAUGGACAGUGGAGAUGAAAACGAAGAUAUUCCUACGGUUACAGUUGGAAAUAAAACGUAUCUCAUUACUGAGCUCAAAGACUCGAUUAUUGCAGAAAUGACCCAAGCUGAAAAAGAGAUCUAUGUCCAAGUUUUCCAGGAUUAUUACUCUCAUAUGAGUUACUAGUGACAUAUUUUUUGGUACUGAUUUAGUAUAUAUAUAUAUAUUUUCCCUAUUGUGGUUUAAUAAAAAAUAUCAAAUCAU